UAAUCAAUCCCGUAGUAGCGUACCGUGACGCCCACGCCCACUUGCUUUUUCUCUCACUAUUUCCCCCCGCUCCGCUGCUUCGGUUUUUUCUUCUUCUUCUCCAGUCUCCAGUCCAUUGCUGCUUCCUCUGCUUCUUAAUCUCCUGAAUCCUCCCAGCUACCAUACCCACGUUUCUGUUCUUCAGAUUCUACAAUGCCUUCGAUUCUGACGGGUUUUUUUACUGAAUAUUGAGAACUUCUGGAAUACAGCACAACUCUUAAGUCUUAAGAGGCCCUGAAAGAUUUUCUGUUGGCAAAUAUUGGGAUUUUCAGAGUCGGGUGAACCGUGGGAGAAAUCCGCCUCAGCAUUCAUCAAACAUGGCUGAGAAAGAUAACUUGAAUGAUGAAGAGAACUCAUUAAUAACUGAAGUUCCAAUGAUACCGACAUUUAAGAAGAGGAAGCGGCUUAGCCGUAGUAGACUUAAGGAGGCGAAAGCAUCUUUACUUGCAAAACAAGGGCAAAGUACUUGUCUUAGUAAUAGUUAUAGGAAGUGCAAGCAAAAGAAGAAUGAGAGUACAAUAGAAAGAUGGUCAGCAGAGAGGUAUAGGCUGGCUGAGCGAAGUAUGUGGGAACUCAUGAAGGCAGAGGGAGCAACAUUUGAGAACCCAAUUCCACGUCCAGUGUUGCGAACAGCAGCUCGUAAGCAUAUUGGUGAUACUGGCUUGCUUGAUCAUCUAUUGAAGCACAUUGAUGGCAAAGUGGCACCAGGUGGGGCUGAGCGAUUUCGGCGGUGGUACAAUGCUAAUGGAACAAUGGAGUAUUGGCUCGAAAAUGCUGAUCUUGCAAAUAUUAGACAGGAGGCUGGGGUGCAUGACCCAUAUUGGGUUCCUCAUUCUCGGCCAAUACUUAAGGGUGGCGACUUUGAAGAAACUGAAUCUGCUGGCGAGUUGAAGCUUCUCAGGGCUGAAAUGGCCAAAAUGAAGAGGGAUAUGCAGGAACUGGCAUCUAAGAUUCGCGAUCAAGAACAGCUAAAUUCCAUGGAGAUCAUUCAUAAGGAAUUGAUUAAAAAGGAAGCUGUCACUGAGGAACGCCUAAAUGAAAUUACUGGUUGUCUGAAAGGUCUGCAGGGCAUACUUUCUGGGGAAUUGAUGACUUGGAAAACAAAGGUUGAGGUGCAGCUGAUGGAGAUUACUAGUUCAUUGGGUUGUGUGCAGCCAUCAAAGCAACAGCUUGCAAGUCCUGCCUCUGAAAGAUGGGAAGAUUGGUUAGAAAGCACCAACCUGGUUAACUUUCAGGAGGAUGAACUCGCUUCCUGGUUUGAGGGCAACAAUAUUUUUAGUGCUCAGCAGGAUGUCAUAGUUCAAGAUUUCUAUCCUGCCCCGUCUUUCGAGUUGAAGUAUGGAAAUAAUUUAACUCAGAAUCGCGGUGGUAGAGAAGAAAAGCGGGAGCUGCUGCUAGAGGAAUUAUCCAAAUCAAAGAGAGAUGUCAUGGAGAAGCAAGAAGAUGACGGGGCUAACGUAACCUCAGAUUCUUCGGCCACUGGAAAUUCGAAGUCCGAACCAGAUACUUCAGUACAUAUGUUUCAGGAAAUGUUUCAGGAGUUAUUCAGUUGGAAAGCUAAAAUGGAGCAACAGGUGAUGGAGUUGCGGAAUUCAGUGUGUAAGUUAGAGGCAUCAUCCCAUUCGAAGUAUCAGAGAUUGGGAUAAAGGUGAAAUUAGAGGUGCUUUUGGACUCGGUCUUGGUUGUAGGAUUUAGAACAAGAUAAUGUACAGCGUCUAUAAAGCUGACAUUUAGGAUUUAGGAAAAUCUAACCUUGAUUAGUAGUAGAGUAGCCAACCCGGGUUUGCCACGUGGAGACCGUUGAUUGGAUGGAUUGAUAGAUUCUUACACCUGGUUGACUUGAUAACCAGUAUAUAUUAUCCUAAGCGUUUGAUCCUUUUUCCCAUCCCCACAGCAGUACGAUUUAACUUAUUUUGAGUGUAUCAUGUUGGAGAGUUCUGAUAUUAUUAUAUACUAUGCCGCCAGUUGCUUUCUAA